CUUUUUCCAUUUUCUGACGUCUUCUAUAAUGGUUGCAGAUGUGGUUUCUGGUUUUGGGGUUAACCUCGUUACUAUCGAGAUCCGUAUUUGCCGUACAACCAGCAACAGUAGAGCUGUACAAUGGUCACGGAAUCAAAUUCACUAUUCCAGAUGAUGGUAACUAUGACUUUGUCGCUGUUCACUAUUCCAUCAAUCAACCAAUCGCCGGUGUAGCAGCCGGACAGUGGGGCUUUGACGUCCACAACAAGGAAGGAUCUUCUUUCGUCCACACCAAUGAUGUUCCUGGUAUCCAAGUCCACAAAGGGGACACUGUCUACUACUGGUUACACGCCCAGAAGGGAGGGGCACCCAGUGAAUUACUGGGACAAUCCGCUGUAAUCGGAGACAUGACAACGACUACUAAAGCAACCACCACAACCACUAAGGUCAGACCCGUGGUGACCUCUACCACGACUGCUGCACCCUCUGGCGGUGGAGGUCAUGGUCACAGUUCGGGUCACUCUGGAGGGAUUUUAACACAGACCAUGAUAGAAACUCAUGCAGGGGCAUCUGGGGGACACUCUUCAGGGGGUAGCUUUGGGGGUUCUUCUGGGGGAUCUCAGCAAGUCUACUCCGGUACAGGGUAUACACAACAUGGUACGUCCCAGCAGACGUGCACCUCGUAUCCUUGUCUCAUUUUCGAGGACAACUUUGACUUCUUGAACUUUGAAACCUGGACACACGAAAUUACUGCCAGUGGAGGUGGGAAUUGGGAGUUCGAGUACUACACAAAUAACCGAACAAACAGCUAUACAAAAGACGGGAAAUUAUUUAUCAAACCUACCCUAACGGCAGAUAAUUACGGAGAAAGAUUCUUGUCAUCUGGAACCCUUGAUCUUUGGGGUGGGGAACCUAAUUCUAUGUGUACUAGUAACCAGUUCUAUGGAUGUAGUCGACAGGGAACCCCCGAGCACAUCAUUAAUCCAAUUCAGUCCGCUAGACUCCGAAGUGACAAGGCCUUCAACUUCAAGUACGGCAAAAUGGAAGUCAGGGCAAAAAUGCCAAAAGGAGACUGGAUUUGGCCUGCAAUUUGGCUGCUCCCGCACAGGAAUGCCUACGGUGGAUGGCCAGCUUCCGGUGAAAUUGACAUCGUGGAAUCUAGAGGCAACAUAAACUACCAUGACGAGAAAGGCGGAAGUCAGGGAGUAGACAGCUUUGGAAGCACGCUUCAUUUUGGUCCAGUAUACGGAUAUGAUCCAUACGAAAAAGCUCACGCUGAAAAGACUCUUUCGAGUGGAACACUUAAUGACGAUUUCCAUAUAUGGACAUUAAUAUGGGACGAAGAUCACAUCGAGGUUUCAUUUGAUGGACAGCGAAUCUUAAAUGUAGUUCCGCCCCCAGAAGGAUUCUGGAAACUUGGAGAGUUGGAGAAGACGCACAUAAACAACCCAUACAAAUACACCACUAACAAAAUGGCUCCGUUUGAUCAAGAGUUUUUCAUCAUUUUGAAUGUUGCCGUUGGAGGGGUGGGAUUCUUUCCUGAUAAAUUCAGAAAUGCACCCUCUCCCAAACCGUGGAACGACAAGUCUGAAUUUACGGCACGUGACUUCUGGACCCACAAAAAUGACUGGUAUCCCACGUGGAACCCUGACCAAAAUGACGGCGAGCAGGCGGCCAUGCAGGUGGACUAUAUCCGAGUUUGGAAAAUGAAACCGUAAACACGCUUUACAAUAAUAAAGGGAUAUUUUUAAAAACAGAA